AUGAAAGACCAAAUCUGGGGAAUAUUGGUCAACAAACAACCCCAAAAACGUUAUCAUUUAGAUUCGAACGCCCAACAUCAUGGGCAUUGGAGAAGCAGACAGGAGCCAAAGGGGAGUCAGAAAGUCAGAAAGAAGCCAGAGGAAACGGGCGAGACAUCCAAGAACCAUAAUGGAGUCAAAGAGGAGCCAAAGUGGAGCCAGAUGUUUAAAGAAGAACCAGAGAAGAAAUCAAAAAGCAGGACAGAGAAGUUAGAAAAGAGUCAAAGAGCCAAAAAGGAGCCACAGAUACCCAGCGAGAAUCCUGAGAGCCAAAGAGAAAGCUAUAGUGAAACAGAUGUCAAAGAAGAGCCAGAGAGGUCUCAAAGAGGAGUGAGAGUGUCAGAGAAGAGUCAGAACCAGAGAGGAGCUAACAGGACUCGAAAAGUUAGGGAGAAGCCACAGGGACCCGAGGAGAAGGCUGAGAGUCAGAGAGAAGCCAGAGAAAACUCAGAGAGCCAGAGCGGAGCCAGGAGAGGAGUCACAGAGGAGGCAGAAAGCCAGAAAGGGAUCAGGGAGCCUGAGAGAUCCCAGAAAGGAGCCAGGGAGGUACCAGAGAGCCUAAGAGGUCCUAGAGAGGAGUUAGAAAGUCAGAGAAGAGUCAAAGCGAGCGCAUCUUACGAUGAGCGAAAGCGAGCUAUUCUCGAGGUUGCUUAA